AUGUCAUGUUUACAUUCUCUAAGAAUUGGUUCUUUAUGCUGUGACUGUGGAGAAGAGGUACAUGAUGAUAAAAAACUGUUUUCAGUUUUACACAAUAAUUCGGACAUAAAAUUAUCUGAAGACGAGGCUCUUCUUAGGGACAAAAAGAAGCUAGAAAGACUUCAUAAAAAUAAAAAACUGGUUUUAGUAUUAGAUCUAGAUCAGACAAUUUUACACACCACUAUAACUAAAGAAUAUAUGGAAGGCUAUUCUAACUUUAUAAUUAAUGAUAUUUCAUAUUGUGUUAAGUUCCGUCCUUAUUUAAACUACAUGCUAGAAUGUUUGUACAAGAAGUAUGAAAUACAUGUCUACACUAUGGGCAAUAAAGUUUAUGCUAAUAAAAUUGUAAAGCUUAUUGAUCCCACGAGAAAGUAUAUAGGAAAUAGAAUAUUAACCCGUGAUGAAAAUGGCAUCGGAUUUAAAAAAGAUCUGAAUAGAUUAUUUAGUAUUCAUAGUAAUGUAGUUAUAUUAGAUGAUCGGGAUGAUAUAUGGGAUUACAGUGAUAAUUUAAUAUUAGUUAAACCUUAUUUCUUUUGGAAUAUCGGUGAUAUAAACAGUGAAUGA